AUGGAGGGGAUAGAACGAGAUAGAGAACUUUUAAGGAAUGCAAAAAGAAUAAACAGGGAUAUAAUGGAGCAAAUGAUUGUGGAGAGCCAGAAAGAAAAGAAAAUCAGCUACAUUGGAAAUCUUGUUGCAUCAAGCAAAGUAGUGUGCAUGGAGAAGGAGCAACAAUAUGUAAGCCGAUCAGUAAUCAGGAACAUGAGCACACAAUCGAUUUUGUGUUUAGCUUCUGAUAUAUUGAAGCGUGUGGACAGAAAGACUGCACGAAGACUCCAGAAAAUAGAGGAAGAGCUUGUAUUACGUGAAGAUCUGUUUGUAAGUAUGAUAAAUCACAUUGAAAGAAUGCCCGAGCAAAAAGACGAUCUAUUCUCGUGGUAUCCUGGGCUAGACACAUGCAGCAUGCAUGCAUUUGUUUUCAAGCUGCUGCCUGAUUUUUCAAGGAAAUACAAGGAAUAUUUUGUUAAGGCAAUGGCUUCUCAACGGGAGGGAAAGUCAAAGAUUCUCGACGUAUUCAGAGGACAUCUUGGCAAGGAAACACAAGCUUUUGAAGUGAUAAGCGGGGAUCUUGUGAUCUUUGAAGCGAUGAGAUGUGUUCCGAAGGGAGGGCUAAUUGUUACAUCGUCAUAUUGGUGUGAGAUAGAUGAAAGAUGCGAUGAUGCGCUUGCGAUGAUUGCAGGAAUUGAUGAAAAUAUACGGAUAAAUGACAGCAUUCAUGCAGAGCUAUUCCAUCCGCUGUGCCAUGCUGAGGUUGUUGUGAAUGGAAAGGAAGUUUUAGUGUCAUUCAUUGAACUGAAUGACCUUCUGACAAGGAAUGCUAGAUCGCAUAAGUUCUGGAUGGAUUGUGAAGUGGUAGAUGAAGCAUGGGAGAGUGUGGAUCAAUAA